CUAAACCGCGGGUACAAUUCUGAGCCUUCAUCAACCCAUCAUAGCAUGCGCGCUUCAAACCGCCUUUGAACGCUCGUGCCUUACAGAAUCUAUCAAGGAAUUUCCGGAAAAAUAACAAGGAAUUCGGUACUGUCGUUAUACCCUGUAAAUACCCGGUUAUACAGUAUGAACUUAUAUCAACGAUGCAGGAAGUGAAUCAAGAAUGAAACUAGCCAGAGCCAGUUGAUCAGUUCUAGUCCAAGGAAAUAUAGCUAUAUGGUUGAAUAAGCGAUUGAACAAUUGUGAUGUCUUGGUCUCAUUUUCUAUCUCUGUUUGGACUCAUUUGCUUGUUUUUUACAUGCAAAGGAGAUGUAUCUCCACCAUCAAGUGGAAACAAGAUGAUUUUGUUACCUGGAUCAACUGCAAAAAUAGAGUGGACGUUUAAUGAUAAAAUAUCUGAUGUGUUUUUUCGGUCUUGGGCAUUUACGAGCACUUACCCUACCAACCGCACAACAACGCUUGCAACAAUAAGUUUUAAUGAUAGCGUUGCAAUAGUCACCAACGUUCCAACGUUCGCUGUACAAAAACCUUCAACAUUGGUUUUAAAGAACGUUGGACGUCAUCAUGAUGGAGUAUACAAGUUUGCUGUUGUAGCAAAAGCGUCUAAUACUGAUUCUGCAGUUACCGUCAUUAUUGUUGUUGCUCCAACUAUCACAUUCAGUUGUCCUAAUCCCAGCACAGUAAACGAAGGUGAUAAUUUCACGUGUUUAUGUAAAGCAGAGGGUGGCAGACCAACUCCUGAUGUUACCUGGUAUGAUAAAAAUGACGUCCAAGUUGGUGAGACAGAAAAAGGAGAACAAUCAUUGAAUCUUACAAAUGUAAAUGAAACACACAUUGGAAAUUACACGUGCAAAGCACAAAGCCACGUCAAUGUAACGAGAAUGAAGUCAGUUGAAGUAAACGUCAGACUUAAUUAUAAACCUAAGGAUACAAACAUAACGAUCAAACCUGAAGUAGCUGAAGUUGGUUCAUUAGUCGAGAUCACGUGUAAAUCUGGUGGUCUUCCUGAACCGAGUUAUGCCAUAUUCCAUAAUGGUUCCAAGAUAAACGACGGUGGGACGUUUAUCAUAAAAAACGUGGACUACCAUCACAAUGGAACAUAUGAGUGCGUAGCAACCAAUAAACUUGGAAACGACUCAGACUCCGCCAAUUUAACUGUUAUAGGACCGCCAUCACCAACGAUAAUGACAUCAGCAACCAUAAUAACAUCAGAAAUAACGCCAUCUCGUCAAGUAUCAUCUUCAGUAACAGAAGCAAUAACGCCGUCAAAAAAUCAAACAACAAUAUCGAGCACUGCCUGCACUACCACAUGUAUUCCUAUACAUACGACUACCUGUAUCCCUACCUGUACCCAUAUGACCACCCCGACGCCUCUGAAAGGUGAUAAUUCAGGUCCAGAAGAUUGUAGUGGUGGAACUGAAUGGUAUAUCAUCGUCGUGACUUUGGUGUCUGGAAUCAUCAUUGGUAUUAUUCUUUCCUUCGUUGUCUUCCGUGUUCGUAAAAGUAGAAAACUAACAAACUCAGAACCUUCAAAAUUUCCUGUUGAUACAACUUAUCAAGAACUGGAUCUUACAAAGAUGAAUAAAGAAGACAAUUAUCAGUCAUUGAGGGUGAAUGCUGCAAGAAAUGACGGUAAAAAUGACGAUGAGUCAAAUUAUGCCGAGUUGAACAAAACGAGAGAAGUGGAAAACAGCUAUCAAUCUUUAACUUGA